AUGCAGCAGCACCUUGUCUACCCUACCCGAGCCACGGGCGAGGCAUUCCGGGACUGUAAUGUACGUGUUGGUGGCACUGUCUGCAGCUGUCCCGUACGUGUCCGCGACGCUGCCCGCGGCUGUACAGCCCGUGUCCCGUCCUUGUCCGCUUCCCCGGGGGCUCGGGUCCUUUGUACCUCCUUCAAUAAAGCGCGCUCCGGGGCUCGCCGUGUGCGCGCAUCGCCGGGGGCCUCUUGCCGCAACCCGUGCUGUGUCGCUAUUGGUUGGAAGGGUACGGCCUCCGCCAAUCACGGAGGGGGGCUCCCGGAAGUGCCCUCGCGUGUUGGGUUGAGCAUGAUGGCGGCGCCGCUGCGCGGACGACUGCGGUCGCUGGCGCUGGGAGGCUGCGCGGUGCUCCUGGGAGCGGCGCUGGCGGCGGGCGACGAGCGGCUGUACGCGGCGGUGAUGCCCGCGCUCCGGGCGCUGCCCCCUGAGGCCGCCCACGGCCUGGCUUUGCGCGCCGCCGCCCUCGGGCUGCUGCCCUCCGGCCAUCCCGACGGCCCCGCGCUGGAGGUUCGAGUCCUCGGGCAGAGAUUCCGCAACCCAUUGGGCCUGGCUGCUGGCUUCGACAAGCAGUGUGAGGCUGUGGACGGGCUGUACAAGAUGGGCUUCGGCUUUGUGGAAGUGGGGACUGUCACGCCCGAGCCCCAGGAAGGGAACCCCAAGCCCAGGGUCUUCCGGCUGGCAGAGGACGAAGCGGUUAUCAACAGGUAUGGAUUCAAUAGCCAUGGCCAUGUCGCGGUGGAGCGCAGGCUGCGAGCACGCCAGGAGACACAGAUCAGGCUCACUGCUGCUGGGAUGCCUCUUGGAGUCAACCUGGGCAAGAACAAGAGCUCUACUGAUGCUGCAGCUGACUACGUGGCUGGGGUCCGGACACUGGGCCCUUUGGCUGACUACCUUGUUGUGAACGUGUCCAGCCCGAACACCCCAGGGCUGCGGGACCUGCAGGGCAAGGCUGAGCUGCGGAACCUGCUGAGCAAGGUGCUGGUGGAGAGGGACCUGCUGCCCUGCAAGCGUAAGCCAGCCGUGCUGGUGAAGAUUGCCCCUGACCUCACUGCACAGGACAAGCAGGACAUUGCCAGUGUUGUCUGUGAGCUAGGUGUGGAUGGACUGAUAGUCAGCAACACCACCGUGAGCCGCCCCAGCAGCCUCCGGAGCAGGCAGCACAUGGAGCCGGGAGGCCUCAGUGGGAAGCCCCUGCGGGAGCUCUCCACGCAGACCAUCAGGGAGAUGUACACUCUCACUCAAGGCCGGGUGCCCAUUAUCGGCGUGGGUGGGGUGAGCAGUGGGCAGGAUGCCCUGGAGAAGAUCCGUGCUGGAGCCUCGCUUGUGCAGUUGUACACAGCACUUGUGUACCACGGGCCACCCGUGGUGGGGGCAGUGAAGCGGGAACUGGAGGAGCUGCUGAGGGAGCAGGGCUUCAGGAACGUCAUGGAGGCAGUUGGAGCAGAUCACCGCUGCUGACAUGCUGCACAGUGAAGGUCUAGCUGGGAGGAGCCAUGGCUGACCAGGGAUGGGUGUGACAAUUCCAGUGCUGGGCAGACUGGGACUGAAACAAGAUCCUGGUUCCAGCCCCUGGGAAGGGUCUGAUGGGUGGAGCAGGGGCUGCACUGGUGGGGAGCAGGGGACAGGGCCUUCAUGACAGUGCUGCUUUUCAGGACUGUGCUUUGGCUUCCCUGUGGACAGCAGAACUGAGUGUCAAUAAACAUUUGGCUCACCUGG